AUGAUCAGAAUAUCUCACUUGAUUGCCGGCUUGGCAACGGCCUCGAUCUCCACUGCUUUAGACCUCAACACCAGCGAUACAGCCUCGAUAAAAGAUACAGCAGCCGAGAUUGCUAAGGUUCUUUACCUCUACCACAAUGCUGAGUCAACAGCAGGCGACUUUAAUCAGCCACAACCUUGGUUUUGGUGGCUUUCGGGAAACGGGUGGAACGGCCUUCUCGAUUAUACCGUAUACACAGGCGAUACAACGUAUCAGGCCGAUUUCUUGGUUGCGAUAGCAGAAAACAUCGGCGAUAACCGGGACUUUGUGCCCGAGUCGCAGUACGGAUGGGAGGCCAACGACGAUCAGGCGUACUGGGUGUAUAAUGCGCUAACAGCGCUGGAGUACGGUUUCGAGCCUCUGCCCUGCGAUGAAAAGGCUGCCGACGGGACAUGCCUCAACUCAUGGCUGGCGCUCAGCACCAACGCGUUCAACCUCUUCGCAAGCCGAUAUGAGGCGGACAGCGGAACGUGCAAUGGAGGCUUGAAGUGGCAGUAUCGAACUACAGAGUCGGGUUAUUACUACAAGAACAGCGUGACGAACGCAGGGUUUUUCCAAACGGCCGCGCGACUCGCGCGGUAUACGGGGAACCAGACUUUCGCGGACUGGGCGACAAAGGUAUGGGACUGGUCCUCGGGUGUCGGCUUCGUCACCGCAGAUUUCCACGUCUUUGAUGGCGCUGGUGAUAAGGACGGGGCAAACUGUACCGGCAUCAACCAGGAUCAGUGGUCUUAUAACAUAGCAAGCUAUCUUCACGGUGCUGCGCACAUGUAUGCGUACAGCGAGGAUGGCAGCGAUGCGAAGGCGCUUUGGGAAAGUCGAGUUCAAGGGCUCGUAUCCGCAGCCAAGAUCACCUUCUUUGGACCGACAACGGAUGCGCCGGAUGUCAUGUAUGAGCAGAAGUGUGAGCUCUCGAAAGGCUGCACCACAGAUCAGACGAGCUUCAAAUCCAGCUUGUCACGUUGGUUGGGGAAGACAGCGGUCUUGGUGCCUAGCGUUAGCGACACGAUCUUCGAAUUGCUUGAGGCCAGUGCCAAAGGAGCUGCAGCUAGCUGUACCGGGUAUAGUAAUUCGACAUGCGGCAGUCAGUGGUACACUGGCAGUUUCAACAGCCAAUCCGAUUUUGGAGUUGAGCUUAGCGCUUUAGAGAUAGUGCAGAGCUUACUGGUGAAAAGUGCACCGGACUUUGCAGUUGCUUCUAAAUCGUAG